AUGGACAGAUUCCAGUUUGGCGACUCGGACGAGUCAUCCGACUUCGACAAUGACACCUCCGGCCUUCCCUUCCCAGAGCCUCUGUCACGCUCCGCUUUUCUGGCGCCCGAUUUCGACCCAGCCGCCUUCCUGUCUUCGCUGAGAAACAGACACCAGAGCCUCGAGGACCUGCGCCAGGAGUUGCGCGAUUUGGACCAGUCGCUGAGCAGAGAGUUGCUAGAUCUGGUCAAUGAAAACUAUGGAGACUUCCUGUCACUUGGAAGUGCCCUUCGAGGCGGCGAUGAGAAAGUAGAGGAAGUACGGGUUGGCCUGCUGUCCUUCAAAAGGGAUGUUCAGGCGAUGCGAGACAAGUUGGAAGCGAGGCGGACAGAGGUUGAGCAAUUGCUAAAGGAGAAAAGGCGCCUGAGAGAGAAUGCAAACCUUGGCAAAUUACUGCUAGACUUUGCAGAUCGCAUUGAGGAGCUCGAGCUACGAUUGAUGAUCAGAGAUGCACGGAAUCUCCAAGACACCACAGAUGAAUUCGAUACGGAAUCAGAUCUAUCUGGCAGUGAAAGCGAUGGGAGCGACGACGGAGGCUUUCCAGACGGUUCAGCUACUGCACCGGUGGUGUCUCUGAAGAAACUUGAGCAUCAUAUCCAGAAAUACGUCUACCUUACCACCCUGUCGGCACGGAUAGGCAAUGACCAUCCGUUCCUGCUUAGCCAGAAACGUCGCAUGGCCAAGAUCAGGUCGACGUUGGCCUUGGACCUUAAAGCAGCACUGAAGCAAACAAAGAAUGCCGGGAAGAAGCGGGACGCAAAGGAACUAACAGUAUUGAGCCUUUACAAUCUUAUAGGGGAGGAUGUCAAUUCAGUGUCUGGACUGAAAAAUCCGAGAAUAUGA